UAAUCACACAUAUUUUAAACAACACUUUUAUUUAGAACGAGACAAAUAACCCAACUAAUAAGCAAGCAAGCAGCAUUCAUCUCCGGUGUUUAUCUCAAAUUCUCCUUUGUUCAAUAAAAUCUUUUGCAUCAUCACUUCACUUUGAAUGAAUGCAGAAGUUGCACUCCCUUAUUCGAACUUCACACAUUACAUUACCCUAUCUCCAAGCAACCCAUUGUUUAGCAAUCAAAUCAGGUUCCAUAUCAGACCUCUACACAUCCAACAACCUCAUUACAGCCUACUCAAAAUGUGCACAACUUCCCCUCGCCCUCCAACUGUUCGACAAAAUGCCUCAACGAGACACCGUCUCAUGGAAUGCCGUCAUUUCAGGUUACGUAAACACCGCAGACCUGGAUUCCACAUGGCAACUCCUCAAUGCCAUGAGAGUCUCCGGACAUGCAUUUGACAAUCACACAUUUGGUAGUACUCUCAAAGGUGUUGCUCGAGCUCAGAGACUUGAGCUCGGGCAACAACUACAUUCUGUUAUGAUUAAGAUGAGGUUAAAUGAGAAUGUCUUUUCGGGGAGUGCACUGCUUGAUAUGUAUGCCAAGUGUGGUAGAGUUGAUGAUGCGUUGGUUGUGUUCCGGUACAUGCCGGAAUGCAAUUAUGUGUCGUGGAACACAUUGAUUGCUGGUUAUUCGCGAGUUGGUGAUCUUGAUAUGGCAUUCUGGUUGAUGAGAUGUCAGGAGUUGGAGGGUGUUGGGAUUGACGAUGGCACGGUUUCUCCGCUUUUGACAUUGUUGGACGGUGUUAGGUUUUAUAGUUUGGUAAUGCAGCUGCAUUGUAAAAUUGUGAAACAUGGGCUGGAGGCUUUUAAUAUUGUCUGUAAUGCCAUUAUCACGGCGUACUCAGAGUGUUGUUCUCUACAAGAUGCUGAGAGAGUGUUCGUUGGUGCUGUGACUGUGACGUGUCGUGAUCUGGUUACGUGGAAUUCCAUGCUUGCGGCUUACUUGCUUCACAAGAAAGAAAAUCUUGCGUUCGAUGUUUUCAUUGAGAUGCAGAGUUUUGGGUUUGAGCCUGAUGAUUAUAGUUAUACUGGGGUUAUAAGUGGUUGUUCUAUAAAAGAGCAUAAAAGCCGUGGAGAAUCUUUACAUGGAUUGGUGAUCAAAAGAGGGGCUGAGGUUUCUGUGCCUGUUUCUAAUGCUUUGAUUGCCAUGUAUCUUGGAUUUGAUAAUAGGUGCAUGGAAGAUGCAUUGAGAAUCUUCUUUUCCAUGGAUGUUAAAGAUUGUUGUACUUGGAACUCAGUUUUGGCAGGGUAUGUGCAGGUUGGUAGGAGUGAGGAUGCCUUGAGGUUGUUUGUGCAGGUAAGAUCUCUUUUUGUAGAAAUCGAUGACUAUACUUUUUCAGCUGUCAUCAGAUGUUGUUCAGAUUUAGCAACGCUACAGCUAGGUCAACAAGUUCAUGUUUUGUCACUUAAAGUAGGAUUUGAUACCAAUAAAUAUGUUGGGAGUUCGUUGAUUUUCAUGUAUUCUAAAUGUGGUGUCAUAGAAGAUGCUAAGAAAUGUUUUGAAACAACUUCCAAUGACAAUGCAAUUAUUUGGAACUCAAUCAUUUUUGGGUAUGCCCAACACGGACAAGGAAACAUCGCACUCGAACUCUUUUACUUAAUGAGAGAGAAAAAGGUGAAACCUGAUCAUAUAACCUUUGUUGCAGUCCUCACUGCUUGUAGUCAUAAUGGGCUUGUAGAAGAAGGCCGCAAAAUUAUACAGUCUAUGGAGUCUGAUUUUGGUAUUCCGCUACGAAUGGAGCACUAUGCUUGUGCAGUUGAUCUCUAUGGCCGGGCUGGGUAUCUAGAAGAGGGAAAAGCUUUGGUUGAAACAAUGCCUUUUGAACCAGAUGCAAUGGUGUUGAGGACUUUAUUAGGUGCCUGUAGAAGUUGUGGUAAUAUUGAAUUAGCUAGUCAUGUGGCUAAAAUGUUGCUAGUGUUGGAGCCUGAGGAUCAUAGUACUUAUGUUCUACUCUCUGACCUGUAUGGGCGUUUGAAGAUGUGGGAUGAAAAGGCCAGUGUCACUAGGCUGAUGCGAGAAAGGGGCGUGAAAAAGGUUCCUGGUUGGAGUUGGAUAGAAGUCAAAAAUAAAGUGCAUGCGUUCAAUGCUGAAGAUCACUCUCACCCUCAGAGCAAGGAGAUAUACGAACUGUUACUACAAUUAAAGGAGGGGAUUAUGUUGUUUGAUAAUUUUGUCGGUCAAACUUCAUUACUGCAAUGUUUGGAUUUUUUAGAUGGUUAUGAUUAUCAAAAUUUCUUAUGAUUAAAGUGUACUGUUUGUUGGGUUUGAUUGGAAGAUUUCGAGGAUGGUGCGCACCGUAGUUUUAGAAUGCGGUCAAAGCAAUGGUUUUUGUGCGUCUUUUCUAAAGAAAAAAUUACUCGUUCUAAGGUUUGUUCUUUCAACUGCAUACUGAUGAUUACUUUGUGAUGACCAUAUACGAUUGAGGAAGUUUUGCCAGCAGGUUCAAAAUGAGUUUGUAUGGCAUUCACCUACAACAAGAGUAAUCUCAUCUAAUCACCAUUGAGGAGUAAGAGAAAUCUAUGGCUUCUUCAGAUGAUAAGGUUAGUAAUCAUAUACCUGAUGAUGUUGCUUUCUUCAUUCUGUCCAAACUUUCUCUAAAGGCUCUUAAGCGAUUUACCUGUGUACGCAAAUCAUGGGUUCAUUUGUUUGAAAACCCUAAUUUCAUCAGUAUGUUCUGUAACAAUUUCAUAUUGAAAGAUCACUCUUUUUACGAUGAUACAUGUCUGCUCCUAAAGCAGACCGUGCCUGGUCACUACUAUCAUUGCGCAUUGUAUUUGCUCUCUGGUGAAAACUUUGAGAAUAAGGUGAUAUUAAAUUGGCCACCUCCAUUUCAAGCGGAUGACAUUGAUAUGGAUAUUUUGGGAUCUGGUAUUAAUGGUACUCUUUGUCUCCAUCGAUAUCAUAGAACAAUUGUGCUCUGGAACCCAACUAUUGGGGAAUUUAAGGUCAUUCCUCCUAGCCCCAUUGAUUCUCAACUUCAUGACCCCACUUCAGUCACUCUUCAUGGAUUUGGUUAUGAUUCUGUUAGAGAUGAUUACAAGGUGAUUCGACAUGCAGAGUUUCAUCAGAGAAACGCCUUUGCUGGUAGUCUCAUAGUUGUGCCAUUGGAGCGUAGGCAAGUCUGGGAGAUGUAUAGCUUAAGAAGUGAAUCUUGGAGAAAACUCAAUGUUGAUAUGCUUCCUUGUAAUAGAAGAAAUGCUGGUGCUGAGGUGUAUAUGGACGGAGUUUGCCAUUGGUGGGGAUAUGCAUACGAUGGACCAUGUUUGGUAUCAUUUAACUUGAGUAGUGAGGUGAUCCUUACAACGCCAAUACCCCUAGAUAUGGAUGAGAGUUUUGAAUGGAUGGAGAGACACCUAGCGGUGUUAAAUAUGUCCAUUGCUAUAAUCUCACAUCAUGCAAAUAAAAAUUACUUUCAUAUAUCAGUUUUAGGCGAACUCGGUGUGAAAGAAUCAUGGAUUAAACUCUUUGUUGUUGGACCUUUACCUUGUGUUCAUCGUCCUGUUGGAGUCGGGAAGAAGGGUGAUAUAUUCUUUAUAAAAGAAGAUAGUGAAGUGAUCUGUUUGAAUUUAAGUAAUGGAAUGAUCAAGGAGAUUGGUGUUAAAGAAGAUUUAUUUCGUUGCCAGAUAGUCAUUUAUAAGCCAAAUUUUCUUCCGAUUGGAAGACUAAAUAAUUAAUGAUUAGGAUUACCAAGUUGAGUGUUAUGAAGUUAUUAAUAUACAAAUAGGCUUUUCCAUUGCUCAUAUUAUACCCAUUAUGAUGUAGAUCAGACAUACAUAUGUUUCAUAUGAAUCUUGCUUUAUUAAUAUUACUUCAAUGCCUUA